CAAGGGGAGGAAGGAAGAAAACUUUGUUUUACUGACAACUUCGCCCCCAGAGACGCAUCAAGGGACAUGUUUAUUUUCAGUGUUACUCAUCUUCGUUUCUGUGUAACUUCUUACAUUUAAUUGGGAUACAUGCCUCUUUGGAUCAAGACUGUUCGUAAAGCGCAGCGACUCUUUGCGCCGGUUUUUCUUGUUGAGGACUCGAACGACAGCAAAGACAUCAGGACUUGGACGAUUGAAAAAAGCCCCUAAAAGCCAUCAGUGUCUGAUCAUGAAGUGUGCUGAAAUCUGCUAGUUGUAUUUUGUUAGUAAGGUGAAUCGGAAGUUUUUCUCCGUAGUCGAUACUACUAUUUUUUUCCGAAGUUAAUCAUUACUUUCGAACAUAACUUUAAGUAAAUGCAUAAUACCCUCUUUCACUCGGCACUAUUCGGAUAUAAUUAUAUUGCUCGAUAUCUUUCUCUUUUGGUAAAAGCACUGUACGAACAAAGCAUCAUAAAUAUGUAAAACAGAUGUUUUUUGAGAAGUGUUCCUCCCACUGUGAAUCAGACAAAGUGUAAUACGGGAUAUAUGCAAGCGCCGCCUGAGAUUAUUUUAAAUUAUUUUAUAUGCUAUUGUCACCAUUAUAAUUUUUAUAACCAGUGACAGUUCAGCUCAAGAAUGACCGUCAAACUGGAUUUUGAGGAAUGCCUUAAGGACUCCCCCCGGUUCAGAGCUGCCAUCGAGGGGGUGGAGGGAGACAUCAGCGAGUUGGAGACUCGAUUAGAGAAGCUGGUGAAGCAGUGUCACUCCAUGCUGGAGGCUGAAAGAGCGUACUGUCAGAGCAGCAGGAGCUUCAUCGCGGGCCUGGCGGACCUGGGCCUGCAUUUCUCUGGGGACAGCAUGAUUGCGGACUGCCUGAAUAAGUUCUCCAACAAGCUGUCCAUCAUCCUGGAGGCCCAGUCGGAGGUGAUUGAGACGACGCAGAAGUCCGUGAAGCUGAAGCUGCAGAGCUUCGUGAAGGAGGAUGUGAAGAAGUUCAAGGACGUGAGGAAGGAGUUUGAGCGCAGCAGCGAGAGCCUGGAAGCGGCGCUGGCGAGGAACGCCCAAGCGCCCCGGGGGAAGCAGCACGAGGUGGAGGAGGCGAGCGGCGCUCUGCUGGGGGCCCGCAAGGCCUUCCGCAGUGAGGCGCUGGACUACGUGCUGCAGAUCAAUGUCAUCGAGUCCAAGAAGAAGACUGACCUCCUCAUGGUGAUGCUCUCUCUGAUGGAUGCCCAAGCCCAGUUCUUCCAGCAAGGCCAUCAAACUCUCUCUGAGCUGGAGGGUUAUCGAAAGAGCCUCAGUGACCAGCACAUUCAGCUGGUCCUGAAUUCUGCGCGAGAGAAGAGGGACAUGGAGCAGAGGCACGUCGCCAUCAAAACCAAGGACGUGUCAUACGAUGACUCCGUCGCUGACUUCAGCCCGGACGCUGCCAGUGGGAUCGUCAUGGAGGGCUACCUCUACAAGAGGGCCAGUAACGCCUUCAAAACCUGGAGCAGACGGUGGUUCUCCAUACAGAAGAAUCAGCUUGUUUACCAGAAGAAGUUCUGGGACCAGCCCACUGUCGUGGUGGAGGACUUACGGCUGUGUACGGUGAAGCCAUGUCCGGACAAUGAGCGCCGGUUCUGUUUCGAGGUCGUUUCCCCAUCCAAGAGCUGCCUACUCCAGGCUGACUCUGAGCAGCAUCAGCAGAGCUGGAUGAGCGCUGUACAGAACAGCAUCGCAUCGGCCUUCCAGGACCACAGGGAGGACACGCUCAACCCGAGGGGGCUGGAGCGGACCCGGUCCGUGUCAGCUGGCAGCGGGGUGGGGUCGGAGCAGCCCAACGCGGGACGGGAGGCGCUGGAGGAGGUGCAGAAGAUUUCAGGCAACGGACAGUGCUGUGACUGUGGGGAGCCGGGCCCCGACUGGGCCUCCAUUAACCUGGGCAUCACCCUCUGCAUCGUCUGCUCAGGCAUUCAUAGGAGUCUGGGCGUCCAUUUCUCCAAAGUCCGCUCUCUUACCUUGGACUCCUGGGAGCCCGAGCUGGUCAGGUUAAUGUGUGAGCUGGGAAACACGGCCAUCAACAGAAUCUACGAGGCACGCAUCGACGAGAUCACCAUCAAGAAGCCCCACCCCUCCAGCCCCAGGCAGGACAAAGAGGCGUGGAUCCGAUCCAAGUAUGUGGAGAAGAAGUUCAUCCAGAAGCUUCCGGAGACGGGUCGUGUGGCGCCCCUACGCCGCUCUAGUGCCAGACGCAACCGCACCACCAGCGCCAACCAUGAGAGACCUCCCGGACGCCCUCCCCUCAAGCCAAAGCCCAACCGUGCCACCCUGCCACGGCUAACAGGGCUGACCUUGAGCGACCUUGGACAUAAGAACAGCACAGGCAGUCACAAAGAUGAGGAGGAGGAGGAGGACCUGAGCGGCCUGCACCCAGGGGCCCUGCUGUACCGCGCGGCGGCGCUGCAGAACUUCCCUGUCAUGGCGGACGCCAUCGCUCACGGCGCAGAUGUCAACUGGGUGUCCGUGGCGGAGGACAGCAGCACACCUCUCAUCCAGGCGGUGACGGCGAAUUCUCUGGCUGCCAGCGAGUUUCUCCUGCAGAACGGAGCCAACGUCAACCAGACCGACUGCAACGGCAGGGGCCCCCUGCACCAUGCCACUAUCCUGGGCCACACCGGCCUCGUGUGCCUGUUCCUGAAGAGGGGAGCUGACUACAACGCCAAGGACAAGGAUGGGAAGGACCCCAUCACUAUCGGUGUGGAGACCGCGAACGCGGACAUCGUUACUCUGCUCCGGAUCGCCAAGAUGAAUAAGGAGAUGCGGGAGAUGGACGGCGCCUUUGGCCAAUCAGGGGAUGAGACGUAUCAGGACAUCUUCAGGGACUUUUCCCAAAUGGCCUCCAAUAACCCAGAGAAGCUGAAGCGGAGAAGUGCUGACAUUAAGGCUCCCUGACCACCAGGGGUCACUGUUACAUCACUCACUCUCACACGCACCACAGACAUGCAGCACGCUGCCUUGCUCACGGCUGGACUGCAGUGCACUGGAUUGUGCACUGGCUAAGUAACAGUGCUGCACGUGUCACACACUCACCAUCCCCAUACAUUACAGGAAUGUUUCUCUAACGUUUUUACUGGGCUAUACUUUUGUAUUUAUGUCACUAAAGUAACAAAAUGUCAUGCUGAGUUUUGUAAGAUUACAAAGCAUCUUUUUCAGUUUAUUUCUCAUUUGCAGUACAUUAGCAGAUAUUGAAAUACGGUACUGGGCUCUAUUACAAUUUAAACUUGAAAGCUUGAUGUAAUAGGGUUCGAACUUUACAGCUCUCUUAUUCCAAUCAACUCCUGCCAAGUUAACGUCAGUUUGAUCAUAGUGCAUAACCACAAAUUAAUAUUUAUUUUUGCUUGUGUUGGAAAUCUGAUGCAUUUGUUUACAGAAAGGCCAGGUAUGGUGGGUGGGGGGGGGGGGUCACUUGGUUACAUGCUGGUCACAGGGCUGGUCUGUGCUGACACGAGUGAGGAGAGAGUUUUCCUGCUGAGCCCAUUUCCUUCCGGCUGACUCAGAACCGUCGUAUCCGUCUGGCAGAACCGUGCAAAUGGGCCCAAUCCUUGGUUUUUAUUUUCCACUUUCUGCUGUUGUUGUUUUACACUCUUACCGUGGUGCAGCGCAGUAGGUGACCACGUGGGUCGCGACUGAACGUCUCUGAGAGAUUUAGAGGUUCUCCCUCACAGCUGCCAGCGACCCGAACAUUACGAGUCAGAGGCACAGUGGCGGAGGGGAGCUGACGGGUGGCGGGGGGGAGGGUCACAGUGAUAUUAUCAGUCCCAGACAGACAGGCGCCUUCCCAGCACGGUUGUCUUGUCCUCUGGCACAGCAAAAAUGUCAAAUGCGUAUCCGGGGGAGACGGUCCUGUCGAGGUGACCCUGAUAUCCCAUGAUAUCCCAUGAAACAGUCACCGGGAAAGUUCUACGUUUAACAUGAAAAAUAAUGUGUAUCAUGUAUUUUGUUUCGUAUUUGUAUGCUGAACAUUUUUUAUUGUCAUUUAUAAAAGCCAUGUGAAGUUGAGUUCAUUAAUAAAAUGUAAGGAAUGACGCA